ACUCAAAACUGAAAUGUCUUGCUACCACACCUGCAUUGCUCUUGUUAAUACAAAAACAUAUGUUAUGAUGAAUCACCAAAAAUUGAAAAGCAUGACUACCCUUCUUUUGAUUUUCUCCAUUUUUACUCUGCCCAGCUUUCUGACCAUUACGGAAGCAGUUUAUCUCUACCACGUCUGCUCAAACACCACCACCUUCACCCCAAACUCCACCUUCCAGUCCAACGUCAACCGCCUCCUCUCCACCCUCUCCUCCAACUCCAACCGCUCCACCGGCUUCUACAACGCCACCGUCCAAACCCCAAACAACGCCGUCUACGGCCUCUUCCUCUGCCGCGGCGACGUCGUGGGCACCGACGCUUGCGAAACCUGUGUCGCCACCGUAACCGCCGAGGCCCCAGAACGCUGCCCCAUAGAGAAACAGGUGGUGAUCUGGUACGACGACUGCAUGCUACGCUACUCCGACGAGUCAUUCUUUUCCACCUCGGCCGAAUCGCCUAGCUUGUACAUGUGGAACACGCAGAAUGCAAGUGGUAUAACGGACCAAAACCUGUUCAACAAGGUACUGGCAGCUACGGUCACCGAGGUGGCCGCUCAGACUUCCAAUAGCAGUCACAUGUUUGCGACGAAAGAAACGAGUGUUUCAGGUUUCAUUACGCUGUACGGAUUUGGGCAGUGCACGCAGGAUCUGUUGUCUGGAGAUUGCAAUUGGUGUCUUCUGGAAGCUGCAACACAAACUCCUAGAAGCAAUGCUGGGGGACGAGUUCUAAAACCCAGUUGCAAUCUUAGGUUUGAAAUUUACCCCUUCUACUCCUCCGCCCCACCGCCGCCAGCCUCCAUCAGAGAAGGGCCUAAAGUGUCGCCAGCAAAUAUUCCACCUCCGGUUCCAGAAGCAAAGAAGAGUAACAGAAAAGUAAUUAUCAUCAUCGUGGUGGUCGUGGUUUUGGUUGCUUUUGUUACCAUUCUCAGCAGCAUAUGCAUUUACUCGAGAGUCAAGAAACGAGGGUUACAACUUGAAGUUGAAGCUAAGGAUGAUACAAAGACUGUUGAGUCCUUGCAAUUCGACUUGGGAACCAUUGAAACCGCCACAAACAAGUUUUCUGAUAAUAACAAGUUAGGUGAAGGCGGAUUUGGUGUAGUUUUCAAGGGAACACUUGCUAAUGAACAAGAAAUUGCAGUGAAGAGGUUGUCAAAAAGCUCUAGACAAGGCGUCCAAGAAUUUAAGAACGAGGUUGCAUUGGUAGCCAAACUUCAACACAGAAAUCUUGUUAGGCUCCUGGGAUUUUGUUUGGAAGGAGAGGAAACCCUACUUGUUUAUGAAUAUGUGCGAAACAAAAGUCUUGAUUAUUUUCUUUUUGAAUCCAGGAAACGUGAACAGCUGGAUUGGUCAAGCCGUUGCAUGAUAAUAGGAGGAAUCACUCGAGGAAUUUUAUAUCUUCAUGAAGAUUCAAGGCAUAGAGUUAUACAUCGUGAUCUAAAAGCGAGUAACAUCCUGUUAGAUGAAAAUAUGAAUCCAAAAAUAUCAGAUUUUGGUAUGGCAAGAAUGUUUGGAGUGGAUGAUCAAACUCAAGGAAACACCAAAAGAAUUGUCGGCACCUAUGGUUACAUGGCUCCAGAGUAUGCUAUGGAGGGAUUGUAUUCAAUAAAAUCUGAUGUAUAUAGCUUCGGAGUACUUUUGCUUGAGAUCACAACGGGGAGAAAGAACUUUUUGGGUUUUCAUCCGACAAAUGGUGCACCGACUCUUAUAGGCUACGCUUGGAAAUUAUGGAAUGAAGGGAAAGUGUUGGAGUUGAUGGAUCCGUUGUUGAAAGGCUCAUGCAGUCCAAAUGAAUUCCUGAGAUACGUUCAUAUCGGAUUAUUGUGUGUUCAAGAAGAUGCAAACAACAGGCCGACCAUGUCAUCAGUUGUUCUUAUGUUGAAAAGUGAAACCAUUAGUCUUUCUAAACCUGAGCGACCAGCCUUCUUUACAGGGAGAUUUAUUGAUCAUCGUGAUCAUGUAGCAGUCAGUGCUCACAAUUGCUCGGCCAAUGGCUUGACGAUUUCUAAUGUUGUGGCUCGUUGAGCAAGAUAUGAGGACAUAUAUCAUUGGAAUCCAUUAAAUAUAUAUUUACAUGUUUUUACAACAAUCGUCACAUAAUAUUCUGGUUAAAUG